CCGAACUAAUUUUUUUAACCAGAUUUUACAUUUUUAUGUAUUAUUUAAAUGGAUUCAUUUGAAACUUUCGAGUCGCCGCCCAGAGAUGUGGUCACUAAGGUUCUCUUCGGCAACAAGACUAACCUUCUCGCUAUAUCAUCCUGGGACCAGACUGUUAAAUUUUAUGAUGCUGACCAACCUAAUAAAAAUCGCUUAUUGUUCAACCUAGACUGGGAAUCCACAGUUCUCGACUUUGUUUUCUUCGAAAAUGAUAAAAAAAUGGCUCUAGCUGAUUUGAACAAGAAUGUUAGUCUAUUGGAUGUUGAAACUAAAAAUUACUUCACUGUUGGACUCCACAACGGCCCUGUCAGAUGUGUUCGAUAUCACGAACCUACAAAUACAUUGAUUACUGGAGGAUGGGAUAAAAAGGUGAGGGUAUUUGACUUGAGAAGUUCGAACUUGAAACCAGUCGUCGACGUUGAUAUUUACGGGAAAACCUAUUGCAUGGACUUGGCUAGAAACUUUCUGGUAGUUGGUGAUUCUAUGAAAAGGGUUUAUGUGUAUGAUUUAACUAGUGGAUUCACUGGGCUCGCAAACCCCGAGACUAAAGACGGGGUUUUGAAGUUCCAAUAUCGGUUUCUAAAGUGUUUUCCAGACGCCACUGGAUAUGUACUAAGCUCAAUUGAGGGCAGAGUAGCCUGGGAAUAUUUUCCUAGGUUUCUGGAAUCUGAAUCGCAGCAAUACGCCUUUAAAUGUCAUCGUAAUAAGACUCCUAACGACUCUGACGUCGCUUUCCCCGUAAACUGCAUUGAUUUUCACCCCAAAUUCGGAACUUUUGUCACUGGUGGAGGUGAUGGUCUUUUAUGUGGCUGGGACGGCAUUUCUCGAAAACGUCUUUGGAAGAGCAGUAAGUUUAACGGCACUGUUGCCUCCGUGAGUUUCAACCAUUCCGGAGAAAAACUUGCUAUUGCCGUUUCAGACGUCUUUCAGCUUAAUCCUCAUCAAUCUCAGUCUCCAAGUUUACACCUGAAACAUUUAAAGGACGAGUUUAAACCUCGUAAUAGACACUAAAAUUUUAUAAAUUUCUAAACUGUC